AUGAAGGGCGCAAUGAUCUCGAUGCUGGUUAUGAUAGUGAUGGCUCAGCUGGUGGUGAAGCCAGGGCAGGCUGCUGUGACAUGUGGACAAGUUGAUGCGUCAUUGGCUGCAUGCAUUCCCUAUCUCACAUCAGGUGGUACGCCUGCAGCAGCAUGCUGUGAUGGUGUCAAGAAUCUCAAGGCCAUCACCCCUACCACCACUGACCGCCAAGCCGCCUGCUACUGCGUUAAGGAAGCUGCUGCUCGCUAUCCCAAUAUAAAGGAAGAUGCAGCCUCUUCUCUCCCUACUAAGUGUGGAGUUCAAAUGAAUAUUCCUAUCUCAAAGAACACCAACUGUCAAAAGUAAGUAACUAAUCAUAUAUACACAUCCAACAUGCAUACACCGUAC